AUGAAUGAUCCAUAUGGUGUUUUUAUCAAUUCACGAUCAGCCCUUUCAUUAAAUCGUUACAAUGAACGAAAACGUGGUCGAAAUGAACGAAAGCAUAAUGAAAUAUUGAUGAAUUUGAGUUCAGAAAGUGACGAUGAAUUUUAUGAUUAUCACAAAG